GCUUCUAAGUUUGAUCAAGUGGCGUUCAUUCAUAUGCAUCCUGGAAGCACAGCUUUGAACAAGGGAGUACUUUACAUAAACUUUUCCAGUGCUAGGAUUGACUUGCUGUAUAACUCACUUCCACUGAUGCUACAAACACUAACCUGUGAAUAUUCUAUCAUAAUUAGCCUAUGGCGAUGUCCUUAACAAAUUCCUUUGGAUUCACCUUCUGGGACAAGAGCUUUUCUUCAGGAAUCUUUUUUCAAGCCUGACCUUGCUUAAUGAUUUAGAGAGAUCCAUCUGUAAUCUUAAAAAAUGUGCAUCCCUUUUGAAGAGAAAUCAGCCUUUCAAGGAAGAACUAUAUGACGUGCCCUUUAAUCCUUUUUUGCACGCUUGGAACGUUUUCAGAAUGAUUAUUAGCGCCAGGAGGUUACGAAGAUGCCAGUUCCUACGGUUAUUUGCAACUUGUUUUGUUGUGUCACUAAUGCUUUUGUGGACUCAGGAGGAUAAUGACGUAAUGAACCAUAUAAAGUCCUAUUCAUACAGAUACCUCAUAAAUGGCUACAAUUUUGUAAAUGACAGCCUGUCUCUUUCUCCUGAUAAAUUGGACAGUGUUCCUACUUACAAUUAUUUGAUAAAUAAUAAAUACAAAUGUAGAUCACAAGAUGUGCUGCUUUUACUCUUUGUAAAGACCUCACCGGAAAAUAGAGGACGUCGUGAUGCGAUUAGGAAAACAUGGGGUAACGAGUAUUAUAUAGGUUCACAGUAUGCUGCCAACAUUAAAAUUGUUUUUGCUCUUGGUGUUCAUAAAAACCCAAGCAAACGCUAUCUCCAGUUAGAGCUUGAACUUGAAAAUAGAAGAUACCAAGAUCUAGUUCAGCAAGACUUCCUUGAUACGUUUCAUAAUCUUACACUGAAGCUACUUUUGCAGUUAGAAUGGGUAAAUUCAUAUUGUCCCAAUGCAAAAUUUAUCAUGUCUGCAGAUGAUGAUAUUUUCAUCCAUACACCUAACUUGGUUUCUUACUUAAAAAGCAUGGAUAUGGUUGGUGUCCAAGAUUUCUGGAUUGGAAGAGUUCAUCGUGGAUCACCUCCAGUGAGGAACAAAAAUAGCAAGUAUUAUGUUCCUUAUGAAAUGUACCAGUGGUCUUCAUAUCCAGAUUAUACUGCUGGGGCUGCAUAUAUUAUUUCUAGAGAUGUAGCUGCAAAGGUGUAUGAAGCAUCACAAACUUUAAAUACCAGUCUAUACAUAGAUGAUGUGUUCAUGGGGCUUUGUGCCAAUAAAAUGGGAAUCGUACCUCAGUAUCACUUGUUUUUUUCUGGUGAAGGAAAAGCUCCCUACCACCCAUGUAUCUACAACAAAAUGAUGACUUCUCAUGGACAUUUAGAAGACCUACAUUAUCUUUGGAAACAAGCUACAGAUUCUAAAGUAAAGUCACUUACAUCUGGAUUUUGGGGAGAAGUAUAUUGUAAAAUGGUUAAUAUAAUGCUCCUGUGCAAGCUACGCUAUGAAGAUACAUAUCCUUGUUCAGCUGCAUGGUUCUAGUAUUUGAGCAAUUCUCAACAACAUUUGAGCCUAAAGCAAAUUAUUAUUAUUAUUUUUCCAUUUUUGCGUUACUUAAAAAGGGUUGUUCCUUUUCUGUGUGUGCAUUUCCUGCUUCCUCUUCUGUAAAGGAUGUGUGAGAUGAUCCUAAAUAGGAUAUAGUCCAGGUUGUCAAAUACAUUUGAAGUCUGUCCCUUGAAUAAAUUAGCCUCCUUCAUCUUGAGAAAUGUACCUGGUUUAUAUUUCAUUCACCAAUAAAUGCAAUACAGGUAAAAUGUAUAUAUUUGUAUUCAAGACCACUCCAUUUAAAAAAUAUAAAUAUAAAAUGUAACUUUAGUGUUUUUUAUAUGAAGGGUAAAAAAUAAUUAAAAAGGGAAAAACAGUUACUGUUAAAAUAAAGUUCAAUGCUUAAACAUCUGUACACAGUGACCAAUGUAUGCUGCCAAGCUAAUUAAUUGAUAGUGGUAAAAAAGUAUAUAUAUUUUUUUCUCAUUCUCCAGGAUUUCUAAAAUAUUCCUUAAUUUUAACAUAUUUUAUUAUCAAGUUAAGAGAUCUUCAGUAUGUUAUUACUAGUAAAAUAAAAAAUAAAUUAAAAAAAUAGAAUAGCAUCAUUGAUAUUUAAAUAGUGACUGGGCUGGGAAACUUGUUUGACAAUAAACAGUUGAAGUAAGUAGAUUAAGGUAUUGCUCCAUAUGUUUAAAGUCACUGUUUUUCUGUAAUAAACUCAACUGGGGCACUGGUCUGAUACUGAAUUGACAAUUACAGCAAUAGUAGCAUACAGUUCCCCACGUUAUGGCUGUAUUACACACCUGUAUGGAUAUAGAUGAAGUAUCUGAAGAUGGGGGGGGGGGGCAUAAAGGAGUCCCUCAAAGCAUAAAGUAUGUUUUUGUGAAUAGAAUUGAACCUCAUAUACAGUAUUGUAGUUAACAGACGGUCAUAUGACGCAAAAGUUGACUGGUUUCUUACCCUUGCUUACAACGAAGACCUGGCUAUUGCACCUUAACAUUUUUGGCUACUUUUUAGAGACUGCGUAGCUCAGGAGGAUGUACAUUAUAGCGCAGCUGUCAUAAGGCUGUGUUCGAUCUCUUUAGCAUUCUCUUCCACAAAUAUACAAAGUUACAUCAAAUGCAAGUUCAGACAUGAAGGUAUAGUUUACUUUGAGCAUAUCUAAACCAUAAUAGUUUAGAAAUAUAUAUGGAAUUGUGUACACUUUAUAUGAAUUGUAUAUAAUUUUAAUACCUCUAACUAAAAUUGCUUUGCUGAAUGUCUGUGACUAAACUUUUAGUGUUUUUUUUUUUUUUGUUUUUUUUCUCUCUCAGAGCAUCACCUUUUCUCCAAGUCCUGUAAUUCCAACAUGGCCAUACAAUAACUCUUGUGUGUGUUUCUUUGUUUUUUUUCUUUGUGUUUUUUUUUUUUUUUUUUUUUUACCUUUCAAUAAUUUGAAGUUACAGCAGGUCUGUUUCAACACAUGUAUCAUAUAUUUUUUUUGUUAAGCAUAAAUAGGCAUAUUUGUUCAUGAAAGUAUGUAGGUUUUAUGUAGUUAGAGGCCUGAAUUUCCCUUAGUGAAGAAACCUUUGAUGACUCGCACAUUUUUGUGUAGUCUAAGGUUUCCACUUGACUUGCAAUUGUCCUUUAGUGCUUGCGAGGAUCAUGGACUCAUUCAGGACUUUUGGUUAAACCAUAUGGUGCUCAAAUGCUGGGCUGUUUCUGCUGAAUGCUCAGCCUGAAGAGAUGCCACCCUGUGAGACGGUUUCACAAUAGUUGCACUAAGUGUUUAUUAACAUAUGUAAUUGUCUUUUAUUUAUAUUGACAUUGCUUUUGCAGCACUGUAAAAAAAAAUAAAAAAAAAAACUUUCUUUUUUUGUAAUGUCUGAAUGUUUUAAUAAAUUAUCUUUAAAAAUA